ACCAUCGUUCAUAAUUAGGAACGGAAAGGUUUCGUUGUAAUUAUAAUACUAAUUGAAUACUUCUGCGUUAAUUACACAAGUAUAACAGCUAAGAGAGGACAGACUGUUCGAAUGCAUGCGAAUGAGAGAAACAGGCCGAUUGGGCUGCAAAGGGGGACGGCAAUUCAAUUAACUUUAAUUAGUUUUCAGCUUCGGUUUGGCGUUUCGAGACGGGGAAUCGAUAAAUAUUGUGCGUCGUAUCGUCACUGAAACUCGCUUGCCCCUGCGUUGUUUCAACUUAUUUAAACCACGCGAAAGCGACUGUGGGUUUUUUCGCGAAAAUUAGCUAAAAAACCGAGUGAAAAUUAGCAUUAACUGCAAUUUAACCUCGAAAUUAUGGAUCAUCGGCAACUAGUGGAACUUGUGAAACAAGUGCCGCAUUUAUGGGAUCGGAAUUGCCCGAUAUUUCGUGACAAGGAGGCUAAAGAGAAGGCCUGGAACGAGGUGGCGAACAAAAUGGGCCAUUCAGCUUCGACCUGCAGAGAAGCCUUCAAGUCCCUCCGGGAAAAAUACCUGCGAGAACGAGACAAAGCCCAACAUCAAGGCGACCACUGCAACCUGUGGGACCUGCUCGAUAAAUUAAAAUUCCUGGAUCCGCACAUUGUGCCACGUGCUGUAAUCUGGAAUGGAAACAGUGCGAGUGAGGACGACCUUUCGAUAAACUCCGACUCAGAUCCGACAGAUUUCGACAAACAACUGAUCCAAAUGGUGCGGAAAGCUUCUCCGAUUUGGGACAGAAAUUCCAACACCUAUCCGAACAAGACGUCGAAGCACCAACUUUGGGAACACAUCAGUUCGACGUUGAAUCGAGACAUUAAUUCCUGCAUGUUGCGCUGGAAAGCUUUGAGGGAGAAGUAUAUAAGACAGAAGGCCAAGUUCCAAGAAGGAGAAGCUAAAUGGGAGCUUCUCGACGACUUGGUGUUCCUAGACAAAGUGAUACAGUAUCGACGCAAGCACAGCGAUCUCUACAUGAGCCAUGGGAGCGAAUCCAGCAGGAAAAACUAUCUGGAUCACAUGCCGGGAUACCACGAAGGGAAUAGCAGCAGCAACUACAGCUACAUCCGGUGUAACGUGGAUGCGGACGAUUACAACUACACUGACUCUUCGAAUGACUUUCUGAACAUCGUCAAAGAGGAGAGUACGGUUCAGCAAGUGGCCGAUAGUUCCUACAGCAGUCCGAUGGCCAAACGGCAGAGGGAGCCUUCAGUUGGAAGCUACGGCGACUCGGCAGUGGACAAGAAAAUACGAACUCAAGAAAACCCGUUUGAAAAGGAGCCGGCGGGAAAGAGCAGAACGGAGAGAACGCCAGAGCAGCUUUUCGGCGACUUGGUCGUCAGCUUGCUGAGCAAAAAGCCCGAAAGUCGACGAAAUUUGUACAUGAUUGAUAUCAUGACCGUAUUGUCUAAGUAGUGCAGUUAAUGAUAAGAUCAAUAUAACUAUUUUUUAUAGUAAA